AUGAUGGAAGCAAUGAAUAUGGCCACUGCCUUUGAGAAGGAUAAUGCCCACGAGGCAGCCCACAGCGCACGUACCGAAAAGAGAACUCACCGCACCCAGCGAGACGGGUCAUCUUCCGUAGAUUCCUACAAUGAGGAUGUCCACCGAGCUUUGGACCAAUCCGACCGAGACCACUGCUCCCAAGCUACUAGAGCAUCGUCGAACCAGCGAUCAUCUGACGCACCUGACGCGCCAGCUGUGGAGAAAACCACGAGCGUCGGACAUGCAGGUUUCAGGACGCCACAUGUCGCCACUGUGGGAAGACUGGCCACAUUGGUCGAGUCUGCUGCUCCAAGACCUCCGGAGCACGACCCAAGCAACGUGUCCAUGAGACCUACAUAG